AUGGUAGUUUUUUCUGCAUCAAUUGUGAGUAAUAGAAAAAUCCUCUUGUCUAGACAGUUUGUUGAAAUGACAAGAGGCGAUGUUGAAACCUACUUAAAUAGAUUUAUUAAACAAAUUGAGCAAUUUCGUUUAAGCAAUGAAUACACUUAUAUGGAGAUUGAUAACAUUAGGUUUGUUUAUCAGGCAAUUGAUAAUAUUUACUUAAUCUUGAUGACACCCCUCAAUUCAAAUAUUAUUGAAGAUAUGGAUACUCUUCAACUAUUUUGUCAAGUAUUAUACGACUGUUGCAACAAUCCUCCUCCAAUAACGGAAGAUUUAAUUGCAAGUAAUUGUUUUGAAGUUAUCUUUGCCUUUGAUGAAAUAAUAUCUUUUGGGUAUAAAGAAUCAAUUAAUUUGAGUCAAAUAAAAACGUGUCUUGAAAUGGAAUCUCAGGAGGAAAAGCUGCAUAAGUUGAUAAGACAAAACAAGGAAAAUGAAGAAAAGGAGCGUAGAAGACAUAUUGCAAACAGAUUAGAUAAGGAGAGAACAACUAAUGAAGCAUUUAGUCAGUCAAGAUACACUUCAGCCAACACAAAUAACAAUAUUGUCAAGUCUUCACUAUCUGGAAUUGCGGCUUUCGCUGAAUCUGUUGGAGUUGGAAAAAUAGCUCAGUCGGUGGGAAUUGGACCUAUAAGGAAUAUAUCAAAGAGUGAUAACACAAAGGUUUCCGACUCUGAUUUAGCAAGUAACAACCGCACAUUUGGGAUGUUUUCAAAUGAAUCCACCUCUAUUCAGUCAAUAAAUGCUCCCGGGAGAGGAAUGCUUAUUGGGAAGAAGAAACCAAACACAGAGUCAAAACAAAAUGUUAAUUCACCGUUAAAAAUGAGAGAAAAACAUUUUUCGGAUUUUGAGCAGCAAGAAAACAUGAAAAGUAUGCCAAAUCCCAUAUAUUUUGAGGAUGAUUGUUCAUUAAUUGAAGAGAAAAUUGAAUUUUUGCUAAAUAUAGAUGGAACUGUUCAAUCCAAAAUUGAAAUUCAGGGAACGUUUCAAGUUACUUUAUCUUCGGAUACUUUCCCCGAAUAUUCAAUAACCGAAGACCCAAGGUUUCAAUUUAAGACUCAUCCAAACCUUAAUAAAGAAAAAUUCCAAAAUUCUGGAAAAUUAGCAUUAAAGGAGGGUAUCAAUUGUACAUUGCCGGUCAAUACACUAAUGCCGCUCGUUAAAUGGAGGCCAUCAUCUAAUUUUCAGAAUCAUCAGUUUGAGCUUCCAUUCUCUUUUUCUUGUUGGCCUCUUGGCACGGAGAAUGGGUACACAAAUGUCACAAUCGAAAUUGAACCUUCACAAUCAAUUACUGAUUUUAAAUUAAAAAUUCCGUUGACAUCCAUUUCUGCACACAGCACUAAUAUAGGACUAUUAGAGACAAAUGAAGAUAGUUACUCUUGGGAAGUUCCUCGGUUGUUUCCUUCGGAAACUGCGACGCUUGAAUUUAGUACAAGCCAAUCUGAUUUUCUUCCAAUUAAUCUAUAUGCAUCUACAUCAAAACCUGUUUGUAAAAUAGGAAUCAUGAAGGACAAAAACCAUGUAAAUCCAAAGCAUUGUGUUGCCAAAUAUAAUAUAGGUAUUAAGCAAUAA